AUGCAGAAUAAUGCCUCACAGAUGCAGAAUAAUGCCUCGCAGAUGCAGAAAAACGCCUCACCGAUGCAGAAAAACGCCUCACAGAUGCAGAAUAAUGCCUCGCAGAUGCAGAAUAAUGCCUCGCAGAUGCAGAAUAAUGCCUCGCAAAUGCAGAAUAAUGCCUCGCAGAUGCAGAAUAAUGCCUCGCGGAUGCAGAAUAAUGCCUCGCAGAUGCAGAAUAAUGCCUCGCAGAUGCAGAAUAAUGCCUCGCGGAUGCAGAAUAAUGCCUCGCAGAUGCAGAAUAAUGCCUCGCGGAUGCAGAAUAAUGCCUCGCAGAUGCAGAAUAAUGCCUCACAGAUGCAGAAUAAUGCCUCACAGAUGCAGAAAAACGCCUCACAGAUGCAGAAAAACGCCUCACAGAUGCAGAAUAAUGCCUCACAGAUGCAGAAUAAUGCCUCACAGAUGCAGAAUAAUGCCUCACAGAUACAGAAUAAUGCCUCACAGAUGCAGAAUAAUGCCUCACAGAUGCAGAAUAAUGCCUCACAGAUACAGAAUAAUGCCUCACAGAUGCAGAAUAAUGCCUCACAGAUGCAGAAUAAUGCCUCACAGAUGCAGAAUAAUGCCUCACAGAUGCAGAAUAAUGCCUCUUACGCAAAUUGCAUUGUGGCAGUACUCACCUUAGCGGCAUGCGUCUAA